AUGAAGAGUCUCAAUGGUAAGAAGAUAAAGCAAGUGGAAGAUUUUAAAUACCUGGGAAGCUACAUCGCCUCUAUCGAACAUAAUGUUAACAUCAGACUAGGAAAGGCGUGGGAUGCUCCAAAUGAACUGGACAAGUUAUGGAAAUCAAACCUUCCAAGCAACCUGAAGAAAACAUUUUUCCGAGUAACAGUGGAGACUGUCCUUUUAUAUGGUUCGGUCUCCUGGACCUUAACAACACAUCUGGAAAAGAAAAUCGACGGAGCAUACACUAGAAUGCUACGCACUGCCUUAAACAGAUCGUGGAAGGACCACCCCACAAACGUAGAGCUCUACGGCCACAUCCCGCCAAUCAGUAAAUCGCUACAGCAACAAAGGAUGAGAUUCGCAGGGCAUUGUUGGCGCAGUAAAGAAGAACUAGCAGGGGAUGUAUUACUCUGGAAGCCAACACAUGGACCAAUUGAUGGAUGA